AUGUUCGAAAUAGACGAGGGAGAGUUUAUCGUGGAAGCGUUCGAUACGGAGGAAGAAUUAUCCGCGGCGUUGUGCUUGGAAGUGUUUGAAAACGCGAAAGCGUGCAUCGAAGACAGAGGCGCGUUCUCGUUAGCCAUACCAGGCGGGAGCGUGGCGAAAGCUUUGAAAGGAUUGUGCGAAUUGGAGGACGAAGGUUUGGAUUGGAGCAAAAUGCACGUGUUUUUCGUCAACGAGAGACCGGAGGAACAAAAGUGCUAUAAUUUGGCGAGAACAACGUGGGUGGAUGAAUUCAUCGCGCAAGGGAAAUUUAAAUUGGAGAAUUUACACAAAGUGAUGGAAAACGCGGAGGAUUUGGACGGAGUCGCCAAAGACUACGAGGCGCAAAUGUUCGCGUUGGCCGAGGACGAAGUGUUGCCGAGAGACGAAUACACGAAAGCGCCUGUGUUUGAUUUGAUUUUACUUGGGAUGGGUGCCGAUGGCCACGUGGGUUCUAUUUAUCCCAAUUCUCCGCAAGCGAAAGACGAGAACAUCUCCACGAACGUUUUCGCCGUGGACAUGCCAGGGAAGCGAACGAUUUCGAUGAGUUUACACUUGAUAAAUCAAGCCGAUCGCGUGGUCGUCGCGGCGACCGGCGCCGGGAAAGCCGAAACUGUAAAGAAAGCGUUGGAGGAAGAUUUGGAGUUUGGUGAAUUACCGGGAGCAAUGGUGGACGCGUUUUCUACGAUUUGGUUUUUGGAUCUCGCCGCCGCUUCAAAGCUAUCGAGCGUUCAGGACGACGAGUAG